GACAGAGAGAGACAGAGAGAGGGUGGGAGCUUCCUCUCACUCUACAGUAUGUGAUCACUGGUCUGCUGCAUUACUCUACAAUGCCAUUUCUCUGUAGUCCUCCCUCUCUCCUCCGCUCUAUCUCUCUGUGAGCAGUAAUCUCCAGUCGCUCUCGCUGCCUCACAGCUUUCUGCGCUGCCACAGCACGUCUCUCCCCCCUCUGCUCCACUCUCUCCCCAGUGAGGAUGACAUCCCCGAAUUUGAUGAACCAGCGAAGCUCUCAUUCUGGCUGGUGGCUUCCGAGGGAGACCCCACAUGAACGGGCUUACUGGACGAGGAGGUGCCGCGUCUAAGGAGCUUCGUAGAAAAGCUGUCAGCUGUAGCAGUCUCUGAAUCAGUGACUGCAUCCAUCAACUCUAAACAAGACUCCUUUGGAAACGCCGCAUCAAAAACACUAAACAGACAGAAUUGCCGGACACAUGUCACAGGUUGAGCAGGAGAUCUCACUUGUCCACAGAAAGAUGUCUGACCUUGAGUCUGUGCUGCAGCAGAAGGAUAUAGAGUUGAAGGCGUCAGAGAGCCAGAGGACCAUCCUGGAACAGGACCUGGCAACCUACAUCACAGAAUGCACUAGUCUAAAGCGCAGUUUGGAACAGGCUCGCAUGGAGGUGACGCAGGAGGACGAUAAAGCUCUGCAGCUCCUCCAUGACAUCCGGGAGCAGAGCAACAAGCUUCAGGAGAUCAAAGAGCAGGAGUAUCAUGCCCAGCUGGAGGAGAUGCAAGUGUCCAUCAGACAGCUGGAGGAGGACCUGUCUGCUGCCCGUCGCCGCAGCGACCUGUAUGAGUCUGAGCUGAAAGAGUCUCGUCAGUCCAGCGAGGAGCUGAAGAGGAAAGCUGCCGACUACCAGCACAGGAUGCAGAAGGUCAAAGAACAAGGCAAAGCAGAUGCAGAGGAGCAGGUCACCAAGUUGGAGAAGUCCAGCGGCGAGCAGCAGACCAGGAUCCAGGAGCUUCAAGAGAAGCUUGCCAAGUCGCUAAAGGCCAGCGCUGAUGCUACAGACCUCCUGCAGAGUAUGAGAGCAGCCAAAGAGCGAAUGGAGCGAGAUCUGGAGAGGCUACAGAACAAGGAAGACUCCAGUGACAGCCUGCGGAGACGCCUCCGUGAGACUGAGGAUGGUAGGAAGACUCUGGAGAACCAGGUGAAGAGGCUGGAGAUUGUCGAUCGCCGGGAGACUAAACUGAAGGACGAGAUCCAGAGCAAGGCUCAGCAGAUUCAGCAGAUGGCAGAUAAGAUUCUGGCGCUGGAGGAGAACCUGCGAGAGACCAACGGCACAGCGCAGCGGUUAGAGACUCAUCUGAAGCAGAAGGAGAAGCUCUAUGAAGACAAGAUAAAGGUGUUGGAGGCCCAGAUGAAAGCGGACAUGGCCGAUAAGGAGAUGCUGGAGUCCAGUCAGAGCAAAUAUGAGGAGGAGGUGCGGGAGAAGUGCGGCGUCAUCAGCGAACAGAAGGCGACCAUAAAUGCUAUGGACUCAAAGAUGAACAGCCUGGAGCAGAGAAUUGCCGAGCUGUCCGAGGCCAACAAACUGGCAGCCAACAGCAGCAUCUACACCCAGAAAAACAUCAUGUGUGGUCUUGACAGGAAAGCUCAGGAGGAGAUGAUCUCAGAGCUUCGCCAACAGAAGUUCUACUUGGAGUCUCAGGCUGGGAAGUUGGAGGCCCAGAACGCCAAACUGGAGGAGCAUCUAGAGAAAAUGAGUCAGCAGGAACAAAGCAAUAAGAGCCGAGUGCAGGAGCAGGAAACUCGGCUCCGAGAGAUUGGAAUGGAGCACGAGGAGCAGAAGCUGGAGAUUAAGCAGCAGGUGUCAGAUCUGACCCUGUCGCUGCAGGAGCGCGAAUCCCAGAUCAGCAACCUGCAGGCCGCUCGCCACGCUGUGGAGAACCAACUGCAGCAGGCCAAGUCUGAGCUGGAGGAUACCACAGCAGAGGCUGAGGAGGAGAUCACUGUGCUCAGAGCACACAGAGAUGAGAUACAACGCAAGUUUGAUGCUCUGAGAGACAGCUGUGCGGUGAUCACAGACCUGGAGGAGCAGCUGACCGCACUGACUCAAGAGAACGCCGAGCUCAACCGCCAGAACUUCUACCUUUCCAAGCAGCUGGAUGAAGCUUCUGACGAGAGAGAAGACCGGCUGCACCUCGGCCAGGAUGUGGACCGGCUGCGUCGGGAGGUGGCCGACCGUGAAAUGCACCUUAACAACCAGAAGCAGAACCUGGAGACACUGAAGACCACGUGCACCAUGCUGGAGGAGCAGGUUCUGGAGCUGGAGACCCUGAACGACGAGCUACUUGAGAAGGAGAGACAGUGGGAGGCCUGGAGGUCAACACUGGAGGAUGAGAAGAACCAGGCAGAGAGGAGGACCAGGGACAUCCAGAGGCUGCUGGACACAGAGAAACAGAACAGGCUUCGUUCAGAGCAGCGCAGCUCGGAGUCUCGCCAAGCGGUGGAACUGGCCGUUAAGGAGCACAAAGCGGAGAUCCUGGCGCUGCAGCAGGCCCUCGCAGACCAGAAGGUCAAAGCUGAGAGCCUAACGGACACGUUGAAUGAUCUGGAGAAGAAGCACGCCAUGCUGGAGAUGAACGCCCACAGUCUGCAGCAAAAGCUGGAGAGUGAGAGGGAUCUGAAGCAGAGGAUGCUGGAGGAGCAAGAGAAGCUGCAGCAGCAGAUGGACGCCCAGAAGACCCACAUCUUCCGUCUGACCCAGGGGCUGCAGGACGCUCUGGACCAGACGGACCUGCUGAAGACUGAAAGGACAGACCUGGAAUACCAGCUGGAGAACAUCCAGCUCCACCUGCAGGCUGUGUACUCCCAUGAGAAGGUGAAAAUGGAGGGGACCAUCACCCAGCAGACCAAACUCAUAGACUUCCUGCAGGCUCAGGCCCACGGCGGCUCCAAGAAGAAGAAGGGUCUGUUUGGACGUCGUCGAGAGGACCUGCUGGCUGCCAUGGCUGCUCAGGCCCAGAGUCAGAGUCAGAGUCAGAGUCAAGGCCAGGUGUCCCCCGUGCCCUCCAUCCAGCCGGUGCCUCUGCAGUACAGCGACAUGAAGCUAGCUCUGGACAAAGAGCGCACUCGCUGCACUGACCUGGAAGAGGCCCUGCAGAAGAUGAGAGCGGAGCUGCGAUCUCUGAGAGAGGAAGCGCUCCAGUAUAAGGAUCACGGUAACUCUGCCAACCCGGCGGCAGCACGGCAGCAGAUGAUUAUGUCUGCCAUGGUGAAGUCUCCUGAGCACCAGCAGGGCCCGGCCAACCUGGCGCCCUCCAACUCAGAGCGCAGGAAGGCGACUGCAACACCGGAAGAGAGAAGGAGGGUCACUUUUGAAAAGUUUAGCCGUCGUUUGAAGGACAGUCAGAGAGACCGAGAGAGGGAGAGAGAGAGGGUGCUGCACCACAACACCGCUCACCGCUUCACAGUGGGACUCAACAUGAGAGCUGCCAAGUGCACCGUGUGCCUGGACACGGUGCACUUUGGGCGCCAAGCUGCUACCUGUCUCGAAUGUCACGCUUUGUGCCACCCAAAAUGCUCCCCCUGCCUCCCAGCCACGUGUGGCAUGUCCAGCGACUGCUCCCUGCACCUGUCGGAGGGUCUGUGUCGGGACAAAGGCAGCUCCCCGGGCCAACAGCUCAAAGAGGCCAGCGGACACAUGCACCUGGAGGGCUGGAUGAAGCAGCCCAGGAAUGGGAAGCGAGGCCAGGGCUGGGAGAGAAAAUAUAUGAUCCUGGAUGGGACUAAAGUGUCCAUCUACGAGAUCGAGCCCAGAGAAGACGUGAAGCCGCUGGAGGAGUUUGACUUGUGUUUGACAGACGGAGAGGUUGUUGUUCAUGGAGCCGUGGGGGCGUCUGAGCUGCCCAACACCUCCAAGUCAGAGGUUCCCUACGUCCUGAAGCUGGAGUCCCGUUGUCACCCCCCCUGCUGGCCCGGACAGUCCAUUUACUUCAUGGCUCCCAGUUUCCCAGACAAGCAGCGCUGGGUGGCCGUCAUGGAGUCCGUGGUGGCCGCGGGCCGAGCCUCCCGGGAGAAGGCCGAGGCCGACGCAAAGCUGCUCGGAAACUCCCUCCUGAAGCUGGAGGGCGACGACAGACUGGACAUUAACUGCACCCUCCCCCUCACAGAUCAGAUCGUGCUGGUGGGCUCUGAAGAGGGUCUGUACGCCCUGAAUGUGAUCAAGAACUCUCUGACUCACAUCCCCGGCCUGGGAUCAGUCUUUCAGAUCCACAUCAUCAAAGAUCAGGAGAGGCUGCUGAUGAUUGUUGGGGAGGAGCGGGCGUUGUGUCUGGUGGAGAUUAAGAGGGUGAAGCAGUCUCUGGCUCAGUCCCACCUGCCCAGCCAGUCUGAACUGGCUCCCUACAUCUUCGAGACGGUGAAGGGCUGCCAUCUGUUCGCUGCCGGGAGAAUAGACAACGGGCCGUGUAUCUGUGCUGCUAUGCCGAACAAGAUCACCAUUCUGCGCUACAACGACAAUCUCAACAAAUACUGCAUUCGUAAGGAGAUCGAGACUCUGGAGCCCUGCAGCUGCGUGCACCUGACCAGCUACAGCAUCAUCAUCGGCACCAACAAGUUCUACGAGAUCGAGAUGAAGCAGUUUGUGCUCGAGGAGUUCCUGGAUAAGAACGACGUGUCUCUGGCCUCCGCGGUGUUCGCAGCCUCGUCCCACAGUUUCCCCAUCGCCAUCAUGCAGGUGGCCAGCAGCAUGCAGAAGGAGGAGUACCUGCUGUGUUUUCACGAGUUUGGAGUGUUUGUGGACACGUACGGACGGAGAAGCCGCACUGAGGACAUUAAGUGGAGCCGCCUGCCUCUGUCCUUCGCCUACAGAGAGCCCUACCUGUUCGUCACCUACUUCAACUCCCUGGACGUCAUCGAGGUUCAGGGACACGCUUCUCUGGGGCCUGCCGUGCUGGCUCACCUGGACAUCCCCAACCCUCGCUACCUGGGCCCGGCCAUCUCCUCCGGGGCCAUUUAUCUGGCCUCCUCCUACCAGAACAAGCUGCGCGUCAUCUGCUGCAAGGGAAGCCUGAUCCGAGAGUCCGGAGAUCUGCAGAGGACCGGCUCCAGCAGAGGCAGUCCCAGUAAGCGCGGCCCGCCCACCUACACGGAGCACAUCUCCAAGCGUUUGACCUCGGGCCCCGGCAGCCAUGACGGUUUGCAUCGGGAGCCCAGCACGCCCCAUCGUUACCGGGAGGGCCGCACCGAGUUCAGACGGGACAAGUCUCCCGCCCGACCGCUGGACCGCGAGAAGUCGCCGGGCAGGGUGCUCGACGGCCGCAGGGAGAGAUCGCCCGGGAGGUUCGGAGACAGCGGCCGGCUUCACGCCGGGUCGGUCCGGACUCAGCUCGCCCCCGUCAACAAGGUUUGGGAUCAGUCAUCGGUGUGAAUCAAGCUCCGCGCUGCUCCUGACGAGGUUGAAGAGAAACUUUGGGAAACCCCUCUUUGGGAAAUCAACUCUGAGUGCAAACACACACACACACACACACACACACACACACACGUCU